AUGGCGCCCGAUGGUGAGCUCUCGAGAGCUCUGAAUGCAGACAACCCUCUCUCAUCCUCCCCUGCGAGACAUCCGUCGAUCUCUCUCCAGGCUGCGGCAACUCUGAACGCCGGGUUGCAGCGAGAGUCACCCACUAGGGGGUCCCCAAAUAGCCCCUUGUCUCCUCGCAACCAAUCACCGAGCACUGGCCGCCGUCGUUCCCAGGUCCUCAUGAACCUCCAAAUGGCCAACCCCUCGAUGCCAGCGCCCGGCGAGAUGGUCUCAGAGAGCCCGACAAACGGCUAUCACAAUGGCAUCCCGGGCCCCGUAGCUGCUUCUCCCCGCCUGAUUGCAAGCAGAACGCCCCACCACAACCGGACUCCCAGUCUUGGUGAGCUUCACCAAGAGUUGGAGAACGAACAAGAGUUCCAGGUCAACCGGCUGCUUACCCAAAUCCGCCAGCUGCAGGAGCAAGUCCAACGCCAGCAGCAGCAGGCUGGCGUUGCUGGCGAUGAAGCGUCGGAGCGAUCUGCGCCGGGCCCUGCCCCGGUAGCGGUACCCGUCCCGAACAUGACGUCGUCCCCGCAGCCCAUGUUUCCGAGCUCCGGCUCCCUGCCGCGGUCUCCUGUUUUCCCGCGCAGCUCGUUCGAUAUGGCCCGCGCCGACUUGCGUCACCGGUCUAGGACCCCCAGCCGCAAUGCCUCGCCCAGGCUGCGCUCCACGUCCAUCAGCGCCGACAGCGGCGAGCCGUGGACCCUGGCCGGUCGUGACGAGAGCGCUUUCUACCAGGCCGAGUCGCAAAUGCUGAUCCGAGAGAAUCAGAUGCUUCGGCAUCGGAUCCGCGAGAUGGAGCGCCAGCUUUCUGAGCUGCAGGGCACCAAUACGUCAUCGCUGGCCCACGAACCGUCCCAGUCUUCGCACUUGAACCACUCCGUGUCGGCCUCUGAGGAGGAUGCUGCUAAGAUCGCGUCCACAGCCGCCACGCAGGAGCAGACGGUCAAGGGGGAGUGA